UGCUGCGAGGCGCGUGUCUUCCUGGGGCUGAUAAAUCUCGUGUUGACGACGAAGAAGAAGAAGCUCCACUGCUCCGAGGACGAUGAAGUAGAAGAGAAAACCGUGAGUCGACAUCGUCGUAAUUCUCGGACCCAACAAAAAGAUUCGAAGGUCGCUGCGUGCGGUGAGAAUAUACAAUAACAUCCGUGAGUUCCCAUACGAAGCGUCGAACUCAGAGACAGGACGGUGCGGCAGAUUGAGGGAGCAUCGUCAUCCCGGAUUAGGACAUCAACAUUAGGAAAGGUGUCUGCCAAGACCAGGCCUUUCUGAGCGGGUAUAACAGGUGUCGCCAGUGACGAGGAAGGAGACCAGAAAAACCAAGUAUGGACAAUCGCAGUUUAUUGAUUAAGGAUGAGAUGUGUGAGCCCGGUGGGGCUGAGGCCGCAGGAUUGCCAAGCCACUUACGUAUCAGGGAACAACACAGGAAACUAGUUGUGAAAGCACCAAAACGAAAAAUGGCGAAUCAAAGUCCAAGCAUGACAAAUACCGUUCUACAAAGCCCAAAGAAAGGUUUAUCUGGACAUAGACUGCUUCCAGAAGAAGGAAAUCCAGUGAAUGAGAACCUCAUAGAAAGGCGGGAAAUAACAGCAGUUGUUGAAACUGCGAAGCAGAACAGCGAAGAUAGAUCUCCUGACGAUGAUGAGAAGAUUGUCUUAAGGACAACUCGAAGCACAAGUAGGAGACACCAGAAAGCUAAAUGUAACGAGGUCACAGAUGGAGGAAAGGCUGACUUGCAGGUUACUAGGAGAACCGAAAAAAGGAGCACAAAAGUUCCACUUUACCAGCAGCAGAACAAAACCGACGUGCAUGACACUCAAGGUGUGGCUCUCCGUGCUACACGGAGCAGAUCGCAAAAGACCGAUAAGUUGAACCUGGACAAGGAUUCGGUUACUUUGGGUAGUAAGGGGGUAGUUUCGCAUGCAACACUUGUCGAAGAGGAUAGUCCUGCAUCUAACACGCGACGCAAAGCAACUUCAAAGACUCAACUGGCAAAGAAAGAUGGUUCUCCUGGUCCUGGCGGUAACGUCACACGGAAAGGCACUCUUGACCUUACCGCAGUUUCCCAGCAGGAAGGAACCCAGUCCGCACCACGAAGAAUUACGCGCGCUCGUGCAACAAAAGCACAGUCGCACAGGGCUGCCAAUGAAAACAACGAUGCACCGUUGCAGAAGUGCGGGACUUCGCAAAGACAAGGAGGACACGGAAGAAAUAUGAAAACUGUAAAAGCUAACAACAAAGAAGUCAUUACACAGAAAAUGCAACCAAGUGCAAAAGGCAAACAGACCUUUAGUGAGGAGGAUAAAGGUGAAGACCCUGCUGUAAGUUAUGCCAUUACAGCUGGUACAGGGACACUGAAGAGGAAAAUGAAAGCACGCAAAGCAGUUAAAGCACUGGCAGGUGCUACGACGGAUGACUGUUUCUCACUGGGUAAUGCUCUCCUGAAGUCGAAGAAACCAAUUCCUGAUAUUCUUAUCCUCCCUGUCGCCGAAAUCGACGAGGAAUCAAACCUGUCUGAUAUGCACACUCCGAGCAUGAGUUCCCUGCUGAAAUCUACACCACAUACUACUCUGCAGAGCACGAGCAGCAUUUCUUCAUCAGAUCUGGUCGAGGCGGAUAAGCUGAUGUUUCCGAUGGAAGUAGAGGGCAGAAAACGAAAAGGACCGGUUUAUACAUCAACUCCAUUCGUACCAACAAAGAAGGACAGACUCCACAGCUUUUUCGGCUUGCUCAACGAUGCUGAGCAAAAGAUGCGUUUGCUCGAAGAGAAAAAGAACUUUGAAGAUUCUGAUCCAGAGCCGGACUAUUUCAGCGAUGCUGAUGCCUGAUGAGAGGUGUGGGAGUGGAUUAGACUACUGAAACGCUAUAGCAUAUAUGCGACGCUGCUGCACCUUGUAGACAAUAUAACUUGGACGAACCCAAUAGCUGAACUUGCCAAACUCGGCCUUAACCUUGGCUGACUCCACAGGCACUGCAUGGUGAACCAUACUUGGCUCUG